AUCACACCUUUUCCCCCUUUUUGUUCUGUUUUCGUCUUCUUCGGUUCCUGGGAUUUUGGCAAUCUGUCGGCCCGACAUGGAUUUUGGGGUUUGAUCCUGACUAGUCCUACGAAACUGACUGUGAUUUUGGGACCUUGAAAUGGUACUCCUUCCCCCGAAAAUGGUGUUCACGCCUGCCUCACUCAAGCUGCCAAGAGGAUAGGAUCAGUUUCUUCCUCUUUGUUUCGUUCCUUGAAUAUGAAAUGCAGGCGACCCACUUCCUCGAUUUGGUGAGCCAGUUCCAGAAUGCUACGACUGAAGAAACGAAAGAAAAAAUCGCUGCCAAUUUGGCGAAUUUUGCUUAUGAUCCCUACAAUUAUACGUUCUUGCGCCAGCUCAAUAUUUUGGAGCUUUUUCUGGACUGCAUGACUGAAUCAAAUGAGAAACUCGUUGAAUUUGGAAUUGGAGGAAUAUGCAAUUCAUGCGCAGAGCCAGCAAAUGCUGCAAUCAUCACUCAGAGUGGUGGGAUCCCCCUCAUCAUUCAAUGUCUGUCAAGCCCUGUUAGGAAUACUGUAAUGUAUGCCCUCGGAUCUCUUUACUACUUAUGCAGUGCACCCAACAAAGAAGAAAUUUUGAAGCCAGAAGUGAUUGAUUUGAUCAAGAGGUAUGCUGCCGCUGGGGACGUUAGCAUCAACUUCAGCAAUCUGGCUAAUGCAUUCCUGGAGAAGCAUGUCUCAGGAAACAAAUGAAAAUGGUCAUGGCUACUGUCAUGUUAAUUACGCAAGAUCACAUAUCGAACAUGCCUACUUUUUCUCGUGUCCUUGCCAGUAAUUGCAUAACUCCUGCCAAUGGUCAUAACUUCCAUUCACUUUGCUGCUGUGACAAGAUUUUGGUACAAAGUACUAGCUGGUAAAGCUUUAUAGGGUCAGGCAAGUCAUGUUGCCUUCUGAAGCAACAGGAUCUCUUGGUACAAAUGUAACUUGAAAAGGUUCGAUACUUCAUUUACCUUUCUGACAUUUUGAAGAUAUAACUUCUGUAACGUAUUGCUGAACUGCCGUAUCCCCAUCUUCUAAUGAAUCUGUUGUAGAUUAUCAAAACGUCAUUUGAUU